CCACCCUCUCCACAAAACAAAUCUGCUUCUUCCAGCACGGCAACAACAACUGCGAAAAAUCCCUCACCCACUACUGCUGCCCCUUCACACCCACCUCCGGCCAAUGCUGCACCAACCCUCGGGGUCCCACUUACUGCUACCACAUAGGAAUUUUCGACCUCGGGCGCCUCGAAAUGGCACAUUUCUACAAUAAAGAGCAAUGCUCUGGUGGGCUGUUCGACGAGGCGCGUCCGGUGGGGAAUGGUGGAAGGGUUUGUACCGAGGAGUUUUCGACGUAUCCGGAGAAUGCUAGGUUUACGGAUCCGAAUACGUGGAAGUGUAGUGCUAUGUGGACUCGGGGGAGGGAUGAUGCUGCGUGGAGGGAGCCGGAGGGCGGCGAGGAAGGGAGGGGGGGAGGGGGGGAGAAGGUAGACCUCCGACUCCGCCGCCGGGGUAUUAUGAUGAUCCGAGGGUUCCGAGGCCGUAUGGGAUGUUGCAGCCGGCUUGGGAGGCUAGGCCUGCGGGGCGGAAUGGUACUGUGGGUAGGAGGCCUGGGGCGAUGGUGAGGAAGAGGGGACAUGGAAAUCCUCCGCCUGUUCCGACGAGUUGUAGUCUUCCGACCAUCGCUGGGUUUAGGGAUGAUAAGGGGAGGCAGAGGGAGAUUGUUUUUCGGGAGGAUCAGUAUGAUGAUGUGGUGGAGUUGUUGAAUAAGGAGGAUUGGAAGGGUUUGGAGAAGUAUCCCGAUAGUGGGAACCCGGUGCCCGGGUCGCCGGAGUAUGAAAGGGAGGAGAGGGAGAGGAUGGUGAGGGCGGAGAAGGAGUGGAAGGAGGAUGAGGAGGCGGAGAAGGCGGAGAAGGCUGCGGCUCAGAAGGUGGCUAAGUUGUAGUCGUUUCUGCAAGCAUGAUUUAGCGGCUGUGGUUUUUGGGGCCAGAUUGACAGAUUUUGGAUUUUGGGAGAUUGUUCGAUACCAGACUGACUAUGUUGGAUUUUGGGAGAUUGUUUGAUACCAGACUGACCAUGCUGGAGUUUCGGAGUUCGUUUGAUACCAUUAUGCAGGCACACGUUGCCACUGUCUUUUGUUUGUG